AUGGAGAUGAAGCAGCACAGAGAAGGCAUCACGUUGUGGGAUGAUGAAACUCUGAAAGACAAGAUAAGAGAGAGUGCCCAGCCCAGCUGUGAGUUUCAGAUCAGUUCGUCUGAUUCCACUGAUGAUAAGUCUUCUCUGCUGGAUGUCAGUGGUUCCCUGAAGGCCAGUUUUCUGAGUGGACUGAUUGAAGUUGGAGGAUCUGCCAAAUAUAUGAAUGAUAGGAAGUAACACAAGAAUCAGAGCAGAGUCACAUUUCAGUACAAAGUUACCACCAGAUUCAAACAGCUGUUGGUGACUCCUUCUGAAGCCAAAACCACCAAACAAAUAGACAAUGCUGUGAUAAAUUCAGCAACACAUGUGGUCACCGGCAUCCUUUACAGGGCCAAUGCUUUCUUUGUGUUUGACAGUGAGAAGUUAGAUGCUAGCAGCGUUCAGGACAUUCAGGGGAAGAUGGAAGCGGUAAUAAAGAAGAUCCCCUCAUUAAAAAUAGAAAGGGACACUUCGUUGAAGCUGAAUGACCAAGAAAAAGCUUUGACUGACAAAUUUACCUGCAAAUUCUAUGGAGACUUCAUUCUUGAUACCAACCCUGUCACAUUUGAAGACGCUGUGAACACAUACAAACAACUUCCACAUCUUCUAGGAGAGAAUAAAGAACAUAUUGUUCCACUAAAGGUUUGGAUGACACCACUGAAGAUCUUCCAUUCAGAAGCUGCUGAGGUGAUAUCUGAGAUCAGCAUUGGCCUUGUAAGAAAGGCUCACGAUGCUCUGGAAGAUCUGCACCACAUGAAGAUGAUCUGCAACGACCUUCUGGCAGAUGAAGUUGCUGGAUAUUUCCCACAGAUUCAUGAAAAGUUGAGCCGUUUCCAAACCCUGUGUGAUUACUAAGUAGCUGCUCUCCAAGACAUCAUGAAGAACAAACUCGCUGCCAUCAGGGCUGGUAAAGAAGAUGAGAAGCAGUUAGAAAAAGUCUUUGAUGACCGAGAUAAGUCACCAUUCAGUCAUGAGAAAUUAACAGAGUGGAUGAGUUCUACAGAGAGAGAAGUCAUCGUCAUAGCCUCCUGUUUGAAGAAGAUGGAAGGAAUAAAGGUUGUUGCCAACCAGUCAGAGCUGGAGAGAGAGGUUCUUGAUCUAAAUGUAGAGGAUGUUCUCUGCUUUGUGUUCACCUCCCUGGAAACUACAGAUCCGUUCCUCCAGGAAAUGUCAGACAACCUGGAUCCACUGAAAGUACGACAUAGUGGGGAUGACACUCCUACCCAGGACAAAUGGUUCUCCUCAGAUGAAGUGAUAACAAAAAUGAGACAAAAAGCCCAAUUCAUCCAUGAUCAUAACAAAACAGGGGCUCAGCAGAACAACAGUGAAUCUGGUUUCCUUGUGGCAGCAAUUGCAAAUGAGAAAUAUAAAGGAGCGAGCAUCUACCACUACAAAGACAUGAUCCUGGUCACCGAUGAUUUCUCAAAGUCGGAUGAUGCUAUAAUGUGA